CGUCAGUGGUCAGUUUGGAGUUUACAUGCGGUUGGUUUUGUUUUACAGCUGUGAAGUGACAGAUGCAGCGGUGAUCGUUUUCAUACGUAGCUACGUCCAUACUCGUCUUAAACAGAUGCGAAAUCUCCGUGUUUUAGCAAUGAAACAUUACAGUACAUAAUUUCCAACACAAACCGGCCACUGUUUCACUUGUCGAAUCAUGAAGUUGCGUGUAAGAGUGAACAAAUUUACCAGCCGCUUGGAGCUGGAUGGAGAGGACCCGACACUGACAGAGCUGUGUAUCCACGUUAAGGAGAUCCUCCUGCCGUCAUGCGGCAUCAGUCCGGAGGCGGAGUUCACCCUCUCCCUGAAUGGCAGCGAACCACUGUCUAACAUAGGGCAGACCCUGUCCUUGUGUGGCGUCGUUUCGGGGGAUUUGAUCAGUGUUAUUUUGCCCCAGUCUGGCCCUGCGCCCUCACCUGCAGCCCCAUCUACACCCUCACCUGCAGUCUCAUCUACGCACUCACCUGCAGCCUCGUCUGCGCCCCCACCUGCACAGCCUGUUCACGGCAGCAGCAGUGCCAUCUCUCCAGGGCGAUUGCAUGAGGAGAACAGACGCUCAGAAUUGGCCGGUGGAUCUGGGGUGAACAUGAGUGACUCAGAGCAAGACCCGGAGGCGGACAUAGAGGAGGAGCAGGAGAUGGAGCCUGGACCCUUCAAGCCAGGCCCGAUGCUGUGUAGCGAAUCAGAGGAGGGAGAGGUGCCCCACUCCCUGGAGGUGCUGCACCAUGGUGUCCAGAGCCAGAGCCCUUGUGACUCGCUCGUGGUCGCCACCCACCUGCUCAUGAUGGAGACUGGAUUCAUCCCCGAGGGUACAGACGAAAGGCCGGGCGAGAUGCCCGCCGGGUGGAGGGCAGCAGGGGGUGUGUACAGGCUGCAGUACGCCCAUCCCCUGUGUGAGCACAGCCUGGCUGUGAUGGUGGCGGUGCCCAUGGGGAACAUGCUGGUCAUUAACGCCACCUUGAAGCUGAAUGAAGCCAUGGAAAAUGCGAGGAAGCUGCUGCUGAAGACAUCCUCAUAUGUGACAGACGAAUGGGCAGGGGAGAAUGCUGCCCUUGUCUACAGGGACUUGAAAAAGCUGUCCCGCGUUUUCAAAGACCAGCUUGCAUACCCAUUGAUUGCAUCAGCCAGACAAGCCAUGAACUUGCCAGCAGUGUUCGGGUUGACGGCCCUGCCCCCGGAGCUGCUGUUGCGGAUCCUGAGGUUGCUGGAUGCGGGGUCAGUGGUGGCGCUGUCAGGCACAUGCAGGGACCUCCACUGUGCCUCUGCUGACCCGUCACUGUGGAGGCACAUGUACCAGCGUGAUUUUAGGGAUCCAACCAACAGACCAAUGGAUACAGACUGGAAAGCUCUCUACAAAAAGAAGUACAAGCAGAGACGCGAGGCAGCUCGCUUCCGACGCACUAGACUGUUCCCCCCGAUCCCUCCCUACCAGCCUACGCCAUACCACCCCUUCCCCUUUGGCCCCCACCCCCCCUACCCCCCCGGCAUCAUCGGUGGAGGAUACGACCAGAGGCCCGGCAUCCCCCGCCCACGCUUUGAUCCCAUUAGCCCACACCAGGGACACAGCUCUGGGGCAAGGGGUCGUGUUUGCCGCCGUACAGGCAACCGGUCGUCAGACAUCCGGCGAGGUUUUAUUUAAAAUUGUCAUCCAAGGAGAUGUUUUUUUUUCCCAAGCUUCAGUAACAGCCUGCUUCUUUACGGCUUCGGAUAUUGCUCAGAUACAUUGGGGCCAAAUGUUAAACGUCGUCAUCCUUCUGCAGUGAGAUGGUUUGUCCUGCAAGGGCUGUUAUCCAGUUCAUUUAAUCUUUCUAGGUCUAUUGCAGUUGCAUUGUGGGUGCUGAAAGCAUCCCACCACCUUUUUUUGCUUUGAAAGGAUUGCACAGUCAACAUCAAACAGUAACACUGUUGAAUGCGUUCUGUAGACAAAAACUUUACCCCAUUUACAGUGGUAGGCAGUUACAACAGCUUUACUUUUGACUUUUCCUGUUUUUC